GAAGGACCAUCAGUUGAUUACCCCCGAUCAACAUGAAAACAUUUGUACUACUUCUGGUCGUUUCGGUGGCCUUGGCAGCCGAUCCCAAGGCGAAGAACCAAAAAAACAAUAAACGUCAGGUAGAGUUUGGAUAUGGGUCUGGAUUAGUGAACUCUUACUCCUUUGGUACGGCAGUUAAUGGACCAGCAGCAGCCAUCACCUCCUAUGGAGUAGUGGGAGCUCCAAAUGCCAUCGGAUACUCUGCUGGUCAUUCCUAUGGAUUGGCCGUUGGUUCUACCAUUGGAUCCGGUCUUGGUUACUCUGCUGGUGGACUUUUAUCCACUGGUCCAGCUGUAAUAUCUUCUUCUCCCGCUAUUGUUCAUCACGCUGCUCCUUCUGUAGUUGCUAUUCAGCAACAACCAACUCAUCAAAUCGUUCAAACCCAGACUGUCCAAGUGCCAGUUCCAGUAGCUCAUCCUGUAGAGAAACAAGUGGCUGUCCCUUACGCUGUUGACCGUCCAGUGCCAGUGGCUGUAGAGAAGCAAGUACCCGUGCCAGUGGACAGACCAGUACCUUACCCAGUAGAACGAACUAUUCCAAUAAGUUUUGAGAAACAAGUGAAGGUACCUGUCCCAGUUGACCGUCCCUACCCGGUCCAUCUUGAAAAGCAAGUUCCUGUACCAGUAGACCGUCCAGUGCCGGUACACGUACCAGUAGCGCAACCCUACCCAGUCCACAUCGAAAAGAAUGUCCCUUAUCCAGUUGAGAAGCCUGUGGUAGUCACCGUGGAACAUCAGGUACCAGUAGCAGUGCCAUACAAAGUAGAAGUUCCCGUGGACAACCCAUACCCCGUCCACAUCGAAAAACAAGUGCCAUACCCAGUGUACAUCAACAAACCCUACGCUGUCCCAGUUGAAAAACAAGUGGCUGUCCCAUAUAAAGUACCAGUGGCAGUCCAUGUAGACCGUCCGUUCCCUGUAACAGUUAAAAAGAACGUUCCAGUAGUAGUAGAAAAGCCAGUACCAUACGCUGUAGAAAAAAACGUUCCUUACCCAGUACACGUGGACCGUCCAGUACCAGUAACUGUCGAAAAACAUGUGCCAGUAGCUAUAGACCGUCCCUAUCCAGUCGCAGUUGAAAAACAAGUGCAAGUACCGUACCCAGUUGAAAAAGUUGUUACUGUAGAGCGUCAAGUUCCAGUACCAGCUGUUGUGUCAACUUAUGGUGCCCACCAUGGACUCUUAUCUGACUCUCACGACUUUGCUGGUCAACUGGCUUCAACUUCUUCCCUGGUUUCUGGAUCUAAUUUAAUCGGGAGUGGUGGUUUGGGGGUUUCCGUGGAAACUCAACCGGCUGUACUGUUGAAAUCUUAUGAAUUGAACGGUGGAGCUUUCGGUUUGGAUGCCUUCAGAUUUGCGAGGGAGUCCAAGAAGGAGGAACAGAAGAAGAAGAAGAAUUAGGUUAGGUUGUUGUAUUUAUUAUAGUAUUACCUUAUGUGGAAUAAUAAAGGACGUUAGUGGUAUUUGUA